AUGGGCUUUGGCGGAAAUUUAGAGCCCAGCUUCGUCAUCCCCACAGUCGUUGCCUGCCACGACUCAUUCGCUGCCUCUGCUGCGCUGGCGGCGCCUAGAGCCAAUGCCGUGUCGCCAGCUCAGCAGCAGCAGCAGGCCCACGUGGCAGCGCUCAUGGCUGACCUGGACGUCCACGUGGGCGAGGCGGCGUACGCUGCUGCGAGAUCCGGGCCGUACAAGCUGACGCAUCCAGUGCAGAGAGGGCAGAUAGAAGCAUGGGACGCCAUGGAGCAUCUGUGGCAGCAGUCUCUUUUCAAGUACAUGCGGGUGGAGCCAGAGGAGCAUGUGUUGCUGCUGGCGGAGAGCCCUCUCACCCCGCCCGAGCACCGGGAAUACAUUGCUGAAAUAAUGUUUGGUGUAGCAAGGUUCAAGGUGGCAGGGCAGAGCAUGGCCAUUCAACCAUCCCUUAUGCUAUAUGUUCCUCACUCCCUCCCCUGUCCGUUUCCCCCCUCUCAUGUCCUGGCCUCAUCGUUGUGCAGGUUCAACGUCCCAAUGACGGGCGUGGUGGUGGAUGCUGGCUUUGCAGCAGCCUCAGUGGUGCCCGUGCCGUGGUGGUCGAAGGCUAUGUUCUGGUCUGGGGGGCAUGCCUCCUUCCCUCCCUCUCCGCUUCUUCCCCAUCCCCCACUUUCUGUUCACCCCUCCCCUUUCAUCGUCCACUCAGGUCCCAAUGACGGGCGUGGUGGUGGAUGCGGGCUUUGCCUCAGCCUCAGUGGUGCCAGUGGUGGAGGGCUACGUGUUUGGGGGCAUCUCCUGCUCUCCUCUGAGCUGCUUUCUUCCCACCGCUCAUACUUGUCCCCCAUCCUCCAUCUCCCACAUCUCAUUCACCCUGUCUCCUCCCCGCAGGUCCCUAUGACGGGCGUGGUGGUGGAUGCGGGCUUUGCGUCAGCCUCAGUGGUGCCUGUUGUCGAGGGCUAUGUGCUGGGGGGCAGGGCAGAUCCCGGUCAAUUCACUAGCCAUACACUCGUACUUCCCAUUCCCCACCAGGUCCCAAUGACGGGCGUGGUGGUGGAUGCGGGCUUCGCCUCAGCCUCAGUGGUGCCAGUGGUGGAGGGCUAUGUGUUGGGGGGCAGCUCCCGCUCCAUGCCUGUGGGGGGCGCUCACUCCACUGCCUUUGUGCAACAGCUCAUGCGGGACCGAGGGGAGUUGGUACCUGCAGAAGAGGCGAUUGAAGUGGCGAGAAAAGUGAAGGAGACAUAUGGGUACACAUGCUCCGACCUUGUCAAGCAAGGAGUUGCUCCUGCUUCCUCAUACCAACACGUUGCUCCUGCUUCCUCAUACCAACACGAGCAAGGAGUUGCUCCUGCUUCCUCAUACCAACACCAGCAAGGAGUUGCUCCUGCUUCCUCAUACCAACACCAGCAAGGAGUUGCUCCUGCUUCCUCAUACCAACACCAGCAAGGAGUUGCUCCUGCUUCCUCAUACCAACACCAGCAAGGAGUUGCUCCUGCUUCCUCAUACCAACACCAGCAAGGAGUUGCUCCUGCUUCCUCAUACCAACACCAGCAAAGAGUUGCUCCUGCUUCCUCAUACCAACACCAGCAAGGAGUUGCUCCUGCUUCCUCAUACCAACACCAGCAAGGAGUUGCUCCUGCUUCCUCAUACCAACACCAGCAAAGAGUUGCUCCUGCUUCCUCAUACCAACACCAGCAAGGAGUUGCUCCUGCUUCCUCAUACCAACACCAGCAAGGAGUUGCUCCUGCUUCCUCAUACCAACACCAGCAAGGAGUUGCUCCUGCUUCCUCAUACCAACACCAGCAAGGAGUUGCUCCUGCUUCCUCAUACCAACACCAGCAAGGAGUUGCUCCUGCUUCCUUAUACCAACACCAGCAAGGAGUUGCUCCUGCUUCCUCAUACCAACACCAGCAAGGAGUUGCUCCUGCUUCCUCAUACCAACACCAGCAAGGAGUUGCUCCUGCUUCCUCAUACCAACACCAGCAAGGAGUUGCUCCUGCUUCCUCAUACCAUCACCUCCCCUCCUCCCCACUCUAUCUUCAGGUCCUCACCAAGAACGACAGGGAGCCAUGCGAGGUGACUUUUGAGUCGACUCAAAUGUCACCUCAUACCAACACCUCCCCUCCCCCCCACUCUAUCUUCAGGUCCCCACCAAGCACGACAGGGAGCCAUGCCAUCCAGGAGUUCACAAAGCACGACAAGGAGCCUAAUAAGUAUCGCAAGGUGUGGACGGCAAGCGCCCCUUCCGACGCAACCCCCCACUCCCUUCACACAUCACCUCUCCCCUCUUAUCUCAUCCUUCGUCCCCAUCCUCCCUCUGCUCAGGAGUUCACAAAGCAUGACAGGGAACCUAAUAAGUACUGCAAGGUCUGGACCGCCACCAACGGUCAUGUACUCAUGCACUUCCCUUCCCCCCCGCACCUCCCUUCCCCCACCCCACCUCCUUCUCCCCCCCCCCCCCCCACCUCCCUUUCCCCUCCACCUACCUUUCAUCAGGAAUUCACCAAGCACGACAGGGAGCCUAAUAAGUACCGCAAGGUCUGGACUGCCACCAACGCGCGCAACAACACUCCUUACCGCUGCGACGUGGGGCACGAGCGGUUCCUGGCUGCAGAGGUUUCUGCUCACGUCUUCUUCUCUCCUGAUAUCGCAGUGAGCAAUGAUGGCACAUCGCUAGCAGAGCUGGUCUUUUUCUCACCUGAGAUCGCAGUGAGCAACGUGGGCACGUCACUGGCAGAGCUGGUGGAUGCUGCAGUGCAGACCGCUGCCAUUGACACCAGGCACUCGCUGUACAAGACUGCCGCCAUUGACACCAGGCGCUCACUCUACAAGGUGGGUGGUGCUGUAUGCGUGUGCCUCGCAUGCACCUUACUGGGAAACAUGAGACGAGCAAGCCAGUACCAAUGGGCUGCAGAGCUGGUGGAUGUAGCAGUGCAGACUGCCGCCUUUGACACCAGGCUCUCACUCUACAAGGUGGGUGGUGCUGUAUGCGUGUGCCUCGCAUGCACCUUACUGGGAAACAUGAGACGAGCAAGCCAGUACCAAUGGGCUGCAGAGCUGGUGGAUGUAGCAGUGCAGACUGCCGCCAUUGACACCAGGCGCUCACUCUACAAGGUGGGUGGUGCUGUAUGCGUGUGCCUCGCAUGCACCUUACUGGGAAACAUGAGACGAGCAAGCCAGUACCAAUGGGCUGCAGAGCUGGUGGAUGUAGCAGUGCAGACUGCCGCCAUUGACACCAGGCGCUCACUCUACAAGGUGGGUGGUGCUGUAUGCGUGUGCCUCGCAUGCACCUUACUGGGAAACAUGAGACGAGCAAGCCAGUACCAAUGGGCUGCAGAGCUGGUGGAUGUAGCAGUGCAGACUGCCGCCUUUGACACCAGGCUCUCACUCUACAAGGUGGGUGGUGCUGUAUGCGUGUGCCUCGCAUGCACCUUACUGGGAAACAUGAGACGAGCAAGCCAGUACCAAUGGGCUGCAGAGCUGGUGGAUGUAGCAGUGCAGACUGCCGCCAUUGACACCAGGCGCUCACUCUACAAGGUGGGUGGUGCUGUAUGCGUGUGCCUCGCAUGCACCUUACUGGGAAACAUGAGACGAGCAAGCCAGUACCAAUGGGCUGCAGAGCUGGUGGAUGUAGCAGUGCAGACUGCCGCCAUUGACACCAGGCGCUCACUCUACAAGGUGGGUGGUGCUGUAUGCGUGUGCCUCGCAUGCACCUUACUGGGAAACAUGAGACGAGCAAGCCAGUACCAAUGGGCUGCAGAGCUGGUGGAUGUAGCAGUGCAGACUGCCGCCAUUGACACCAGGCGCUCACUCUACAAGGAGGGUGGUGCUACUGCUGCCAUCCCUUAA